CCACCCGAGAGACGAUGAACAUUAACGACAAUGAGAAAAUACCAAGAAUUUAUUCGACCCACAUCCAAGUAAACAUUUAAAAAAUGCUAAAAUGAAAGAAGACGGAUUUCAUCAGCAUCACAACUGAAAUCCACAAGCAGUGUCAGAUUUAGAGACACAGGAUGCAGACUGGAUACAUUGUGUUUUUUUUUAUCUUUCCCAUUUUCUUGGAGGGAUGCUGUGUGGGAAAGCAUCAAAAGAAAAGAAUGGGUCUUCAGCAGAGUCCUACGCACCAGCAUUACAGAGCAGUGGAGGGGGAAAUCUUUAUUAUACCAUGCAUAAAAGGUGUGAAUCCGCACACCGAGGUGGUGUGGUCCGGGACUGGAGAAGGCAGAGAAGGAAGUAAACACCCAUUGUUUGACUGUGGGAGGAAGUUCCUAGCUGAAGCAAAACAUUCUGGAAAGUACACAUACCUCACAAGUGGCAGCAAGGUGUUCUUCCAUCUACAGGUGGUGGAGAAAAACAGUCUGGGAUGCUUCCAGCCUGAGGAGAGCAGUGUAAUGCUGCUCGUGGGUGCAGGCGGGAAGGUCCCCUGCCCAGGUCUCAACUGUAGUGACAACACAGAUGUCACCUGGUACAAGGGUAACAAAGCUGUGUCUGAGCAGCGUAGAGCUUCCUGUGAGAAGAGUGGGUUGUUACAUCUCUGCAAAGUCAGUGAACAUGAUACCGGUGUAUAUUUCUGUGACAGACAAAUAAUUGAGCAAGGAGUCAAAUGGACCUUCAGGAGGGCUAUUAACGUCACAGCCAUACCUCAUUACACACCAAAUUACUCUCCCAGGAUUAUAUAUCCUAAUGGCAACACAACAGAGGAAGUGGAGCUUGGUCAGUCUCACACUCUGACAUGUAAGGUAAAUUUUCCUUUUGAGAUAAAGUUUUCACCAGAGGUUCAAUGGUACAUGCAUUACGGUGGCAAAAUGGAGAACAUGACUCUACUACACAUAGAGAGGCAACAACAGGUGAAAUUUCAAGAGUUCAAGGUCACACAAAGAGCCAUCAUAAAAGAGGUGACUCCACAAUACUUGAACAACAGAUAUACCUGCAUCGCCAGCAAUACUGUCGGAAACAGCAGUGUCACUAUCAAGCUCAAGAAGAAAAUUAAAGUAAAAUGGCCGACGCUGGUUGGGUAUCCCAUUGUGUCUUUGCUGCUGGUAGCUGGGCUGGGAAUCGUUUUGCAUGUGAAAUGGCUGGAACUACAGCUUAUCUACAGAUCCCACUUCCAACAUGGGAAACAUGACGGAGGUAAAGAGUUUGAUGUGCUUCUGUCAUAUGUGUGGAGCCCUCCGUCAGCAGAGGAGGAGGGAGUUUUGACCCUUUCCUCCCUAUCAGGACCCGACACUGAUGAGGAAGCAUGUUUAUCCAGCAUGGACCCGCUGAACUCUGAGGGUAAAGCCACCCAAAGACCACUGGAAGUGCUGCUGCCCCAAGUGUUAGAGGACCGGUGGGGGUAUCGCCUCUGUCUGCUGGAGAGGGACGUGCUUCCUGGAGGAGCAUAUACAGACGAUGUGGUCCUUGCAAUACAGAGAAGCCGAAUGCUUAUCUGUCUCCUGUCAGAUGACUACCUCUCGAACAGCAAUGCUGUGUUUGUCCUGGAAUCAGGAGUUAAGGCUUUGCUGCAAAACUCUACCCUCAAACUCCUGCUAAUAUGGACCAGUAGAACCUCAGCAUCCCUCAUCCAGCCAGACCCCCCGCUGCCCACACUAGUCCAGAGGGCCUUAAAGGUGCUACCCAGUUUGUAUUGGACCUCAGGCAGACAUGCCAGAGUCACCAGCAACUUCUGGAGGUCUUUGAUGAAGGCCAUGCCCGAUCACAGAGUGAAGCUGGUUUCACUCAUGCAGGGCCAAUGAUUAAACUCAGUUACCACAAACAUUUUUUCCUAACAUGAUGUACAGUGUAUUUAUUUUACAAUGCAGAAAUGCAACUUGUAUUACUAAGUGCAAGACAUAAAUGAACAAAUGUGUCAAGGAAAUUUCCAUGAUGGUAAGGAUAUGCCAAAUCAUAAUGCAUCGUUUUCAAACGUACAGAAAAAAGUGAGUCACCCUUUUUGCUAUGCUCAGGGUCCAGUAGCGGUGUGUCUUACUACCAUUAAUUUCCAUCUGUAACAAAAAUAAACAGUUUCAGUUAAA